UCUUCCAGCUGCUGCAGCUCUCUCCCGCAUACAUUGUCCACGAGACCGUCGAUUGCUGGUGCCAGGUCCUUCGCCUCAAGCACACUUGCGAAUCAAACCAUUACCAUGGGAGCCAUACGAAUCGCACAGCUUCUACUCCUCACUGGGGUUAUCUGGUCGCAUGUGGGGUUGGGUGCUGAGGCGGCCGGCACGACGGUCUUCACGCUGCACAACAACUGCACCCACACGAUCUGGCCGGCCACAUUGUCCGGCAACAGCGCCGUGGCCGUCGGGGGCGGGGGCUUCGAGCUCUCGCCCAACGCCACCGUCUCGUUCCCGGCCCCCACGGGCUGGUCCGGCCGCCUUUGGGCGCGCACCGGCUGCGUCUCGUCCGGCCCGUCGUCCCUCUUGUGCGCCACCGGCGACUGCAGCGGCGCCGUGAGCUGCACCCUCGGUGGCGCGCCGCCCGUCACGCUCGCGGAGUUCACCCUGGGCGGCGCCGACGGGAAGGACUUCUACGACGUGAGCCUGGUGGACGGGUACAACGUCGGCAUCGGCGUGAACGCGACGGGCGCCAGGGUGAACUUCGCGACCUGCGGCUACGCCGGGUGCGUGGGCGACGUGAACGCGUUGUGCCCCGCGGAGCUGCAGGUUUCCAGGAAUAAGACGGGAGCGGGCCUGGGGGAGGCGCCGUCGCCGUCGACGGUGGCGUGCCGGAGCGCGUGCGAGGCGUUCGGGACGCCAGAGUACUGCUGCACGGGCGCGCACGGGGGCCCGAACAGCUGCAGGCCGACCAAGUACUCGAGGCUGUUCAAGGCGGCGUGCCCCGCGGCGUACAGCUACGCGUACGACGACCCCACCAGCACCUUCACCUGCGGCGCCGGCGCGCAGUACCUCAUCACCUUCUGCCCGGGGCAGCAGUAGGAGUAGUACAGCCUAAACCUGUUAAUGGGCUGAAAACCGCACCAAACUAUUUUAAUCAAAGCAUCUCAGCCCAACCGAACCCACACCACCACUGCUCCUACCAAACCCAAACCAAACCAACCUGCCAGCAAAUUACUUUCCAACCCAUUUCAAACCCGGUUCAUGCUCUACUCGUUGACUCAUUGUUUUUGUUACUAAGCGGUGGAAUAUUUACAUUCAACGCAUAGCUUCCCUAGCGAUUACUUUUCCUCCAAACAUGUUGCUGCCUCGAAAACACGGUCUGUAGUCUUUGG